GGGGGGGGGAGGUCGGGGGUGAUGCGGCACAAGGCUGAAUGACAGCUGAGAUCUGUGCUUGCAUUGCGGGCACGCCAUGUGCACAUUGUUCGUAGUGGGAAGGAUGGGCGAGGGGCAUGGGUGGGUACCCCAGCCUUGGUCUUGUGCCCUGCCUCGCUUUGUGCCAGGCAUGCUCUGGGCGGUGCACCGGCCACCACUCUCUUCCGACCUCGCAUAUGUGCCAUGCUAUUACCACUCGCUGCACGCGCGUGACCUGACGAAUGCGUGACUUUCGAAGCACGGCCACCAAGGCCUGGCCUGCUCGCACACUAAUCGGCUGCUGCUCCUCACUGUCGCAUCCACAAUCCAACAAAUGAUGGCGGUGGUGCCGCUGCUGCCGAGCGGUGACGCUCACCGAACUCUUGCCCAAUCGAUGCCUCACGGGGCCGCGCCCGGGUCCAGGCAUACAGAUCGGACCAUGUUGCGCACGACUAGAAGCCAUGUGGCCCACGCAUGCUAUCCAAGACUUGGGCCAUCAAAUCCCAUCGGAUGGGGAGGUAGGUCCCUUGCUCCGGGCGAUCGAGGCCGCCAUUUGCUCGUGAAUCAAUGGGUGCGUUCGAAUCGACAGUCAAAGAUGGCAUCCCCCCCAUCCCUCCCUCCCCUCGUGGCCGCCACACCCACCACCGCACUCGAGACAGUCAUGGUGGCAACCCGGCGACGCGGACGCAAGGGUUCGAAGAAGAGCAGCGAGGACGAGGCGGGACCGGUGGACCUGUCGCCGGCAGUGGCGGCGUUCGAGGCUGCGCUGCUGAAGCGGUUCGCGGCAAGCGGUGGCGAGGAUGGCCGGCGCGGCGAGGGCUCGGUGAGCGACGAGGAUGACGACGGCGAGGUGGUGAUGAUGAGCCUGGAGACCAAGGAUGAGGCGCGAGUGCGCAAGGUGGCGGAGAUGAUCCAGGCGCGGCGGCCGAUCCGGCUUGCGUGUGCGCUCGAUUCGGCGUUCCGGAGCGGCCCGCGGUGGCGCAACGCCCGCAGGUGGGCCAGCCACCGCCAGGCGGCCGAGUCUCACCGGAUGGCGGAGCUUGAGGCGGCGAUUGUGGUUGGCCCAACGCUCGAGGCCGAGCGCAAGGCGCCGCAUCCGAAGGCGCACAAGGAGGAGCGCCGCAAGUUCAAGGAGCACUCGGCCAAGUACGCGUCCAAGGACUGGUUCAACAUGCCGGCGCCCGAGCUCACCGCCGAAGUCAAGCGCCAGCUCGACGUGGUCCGGCUGCGGGCGUACACCGACCCCAAGCGAUUCUACCGCAACAUCCAUGGCGACUCGAUCAAUCGCAAGAACCACAAGUACCCCAAGCACUUUCAGUUUGGCACCGUCAUCGAGUCUAAGAAGGACUUUUACUCGGCCCGCAUCGCCAAGAAGGAUCGUGGCAAGGACCUUGUCGACGAGCUGCUCAAAGACGAGAAGGUUGCCGCCUACACCGCCCGUAUUGUCCGUGACAAGUCGGCUGCAGGCAUGGUCGGCCGCUACGAGGGCAAACGCCGCAAGCGCAAGAACCGGACCAAGGCCUUUGCCGAGCGCCGCCAGAAGCGCCAGAAGCAGGGUCGCGCCUAGCCGCGCAAGCCCGGCGAGCUGCACAGCCUAGCCUCUGUCUCAGUUAGCUCGCUUUACUCUGUCUUGCCCAUGCGCUACUUGGCCUUACUUGAACGAGAACCUCACCUUGACCAGGUAGCGGAUGAUGACUUGCGACUCGUCGUAGACAACA